AAAAAAACAUAACUUACCCUGGCAAGCCAACCACACUGUUGUGCACUGCUUGUUUUUGACUAUCCAUGCUCUGUCUUGUCCAGCUGUUUUACAUUUUUUGGUGGAAACUUUUCAUUUACCAGGUUUGUGUUUGAAAUCCACCCUAGAGGAUCAGAGGAGAAGUAGCGGGUGGAAGACCGCCGAUUUACGGACUGUCCGUACCUGUACUGAAACCGGACAGUCAUGGGAGCUGUUUCGGGGACAUCUUCCUUCGCGAGCUGGGUGUCGUGCCUAUGCAGUGGUGGAACAUGUCUUAUGUGCAGCUGUUGUCCAAGCAGCAGGAACUCCACUGUGACCAGGAUCAUUUACACCUCCAUCCUGCUGCUGGGGACCAUUGUCGCCUGCAUCAUGCUGUCGCCGGGUGUGGACAAGCAGCUCAAAAGGAUCCCAGGUUUCUGCAAAGAUGGAGAAGGCUCGUCUAUCCCUGACCUACAGGCUGAUGUCAAGUGUGAGAUGUUUGCGGGCUACCAGGCAGUGUACCGCAUCUGCUUUGGCCUGAGUAUGUGGUUCCUGGGGUUUUUCAUUCUUAUGAUCAACAUCAAGAACAGCAGAGACCCUCGUGCUGCCAUCCACAAUGGGUUUUGGUUCUUUAAGCUGGCUGCCUUGGUGGUGGUUACAGUCGCUGCCUUUUACAUUCCACAUGGACCUUUUACCUACACAUGGUUUGUGGUGGGCCUUGCUGGAGCUUUCAUUUUCAUCCUGAUCCAGUUGGUGCUGCUGGUGGACUUUGCCCACUCCUGGAAUGAGUCCUGGCUGGACAAGAUGGAGGCUGGGAACUCCAGGCGCUGGUAUGCAGCUUUCCUGGCUGUAAUGAUCCUCUGCUACAUCCUGUCAAUUAUUGCCAUUGUGCUGAUGUUCAUCUUCUACACCAAGCCUGAUGGAUGCUCCCUCAACAAGUUCUUCAUCAGCUUCAACAUGCUGUUGUGCAUUGUGGCCUCUAUUGUCUCUGUGCUGUACAAAGUACAGGAGGUUAGGCCAUAUUCAGGUCUUCUGCAGUCCUCCUUCCUCACACUGUACACCAUGUUUCUGACCUGGUCUGCCAUAUCCAACGAGCCUGACAAAGCAUGUAACCGCAGCCUGCUGAGUAUCUUUCAGCAGAUUGCAGCCCCCACACCGGCCCCUCUGAUGAUGGAGAACCAGAUAUUUGUGGUGAUCAAUGGCACAGAGGAACCAAUGCUGACGUCCCCAUCCCUGCAAUGGUGGGAUACCCAGAGCAUUGUGGGACUUGCCAUUUUUGUCCUUUGCAUCCUCUACUCAAGCAUUCGUUCAUCUAGCACCAGCCAGGUGAAUAAGCUGACCAUGUCCUCCAAAGUCAUCCUGGCUGAGGGUGGCAACAGCCCCAACCUAUCAGAGGGGUCAACAGGACCGAGGCAGGUGGAGGACAAUGAGAGGGACAUGGUGCAAUACAGUUACUCCUGCUUCCAUUUCAUGCUGUUUCUGGCCUCGCUCUACAUUAUGAUGACCCUCACCAACUGGUACAGCCCUGACACAGACUACACUCUAACUAGCAAGUGGCCAGCAGUGUGGUUGAAGAUCGCCUCCAGCUGGCUGUGCCUGGCCCUAUACAUCUGGACCCUGGUGGCCCCUUUGAUCCUCACCAACCGAGACUUCAGCUGAUCAAUGACUCAGGCUUUGAGUCUACUUCCACAAACCUCUUCUUUUUUUAUAGAUAUUCAGACCAUAUUGCCUACAUAUUACUGUCCAAAUAUAUUCACAUUUUAUACUUUGACCUGGAGUUUUCUUUUAUUAUUUCUGGUUGUAAAUAAGUAAAAAACUGUGUCUGGUUCAGAGUUGUCAUCACAGCUGCUUCAGUCCAAGUUUUUAAUGUGACCUUAGACCACGCAGUAGCAGUUGCUUAUUAAUUUGACAUCCAUGACAAUCACAUAUUUAAUAUUAAGGCACCUAACACACCAUGAAGACAAGCAUUCCAUAUAUUGUUUAUUUUUUGUUGUACAUUCCAUAGAUACUAUUUUAUUUCUUUAUUUUUUAUAUAAUGCUUAAAAUUUGAAUACCACCAACCAGUAAUGGUAUAAAUAAUGUGGGUUGGUUGCUUUGUGUACAGUAGUAAGCUGAUAUAGUUUGCUGCUAUGCCAUCCAGUGCCUUGUAUCUCUGUAAAAGGUUUGAGAUAUUUAAAUAGGUUGAAUAUACUGAGAGUAUUGUUAAGUACACAAGCAUAGUAAACCACUGCUGGUAAAACCUGACACAUUUCCAUAUAUCAUCUAAAGUUUCUGCCAAGUAUUUAUGGACCAACACAUUCGAUGUGAAGGUGUUUUUAAGAUAUAGCAGUGACUGAACUGCACUGAGUACAAAUCUACUCGUAAUACUGUAUGUGGUUAAAGCUGAACUAGAUGUGGAUUGUAUUGUUUUCUGUUCAUGGCUGUAUGACCCCAAACAGUGUGGGAUGGCUUUAAUAUUGGGGUGGCUGUGGCUCAUGAGGUAGGGCAGUUGUCUCCUGACCAGCAAGUUGGUGGUUUGACUC